AUGUCAAAUUUAUGUAGAGAUGAUUUUGAUUCAGGCCCUAAGCAUGUUUUUUCUAUUGAAGAUGGACUAUGGCUAGGUAACAAUAAUAAUAAUUCCUAAAAUAUAAUUAAAUAAUAAAUUACUAUAAAAAAAAUUGUGUAACAGAUUAUGGAAAAUACCUUGUGGUUAAAAAAAUAAAUAAAUAAUAUAUAUUGUAAAUAUCAUCUUCAAUAUAUAACCUAGAUUUGUAUUUUAGAAAUGCAUAAUGAUAGAUACUAAACAUUUGUAAUUUCUUGUUGAGAACAAUUGGAAUAAAUAUUAUAUUUAUUUCCAUUAGUUUGUAUCAUUAUCUUGUAAAAAGUAUUUAAUUUCAAUUUCGUUUCAUUUAUCAAAGUUUACAAGGUCUGUACAUGUCUUAUAGAGACUUACAAAGUUAUAUAAAAAUAAUUUAAUAUAAUAAAAUAUAUUUGGUAUAUUAUGUAUUGAUGUAUGUUAUUUAAUUAUUUACAGGAAACCUAACAGCGGCUAUAGACUUAUCAUUUUUAAAGAAAAAUAAAAUAAAUUAUAUACUAACAGUGGAUUCUUGUCCAUUGCCAGAAAUUAUAUUAGAAUUGAGAAACAUUCAUAUUAAAUAUAUUCAAGGUAAUUUAUUUAAUGAGAUUGAAAUGGUCAUUUAAAUCAAAUGUGUUCAAAUUAAAAAUUUUUUUUUUUUAAAUAAGUAAGGAUAAUAGUUAUUAUUUUUAAUAUUGACAAAAUAUGAUAAUUAUGUUACCUUCACUAUAUUGUUUUGAAUACAUUUUUUAUUUUAUUCAAGUAGUUAUUUAACAAAACAUUAGGAUAAAUACCUAUGUAUUACUACUCAUCUAAAUUUGGAUUAUUAAAAUAAGUCAUAAUUAUUUUAGAGGGUCUGGCAAACAUUUGUCGUGACUCGUGAGCCCUUUUACUUCAUUCUUCUUCAUAAAGAUAAAUAUAAUAAUUUAUUAUAAAUGGCAAAGUAAAUAAAUAAUAAUUUUUUCAAAUUUAGCCAAAUUGUUGGGAUCCUUACAGUAGGAAUCUAUUUAUUUAUUUAAAUGAGAUGAACCCAAUUAUAUAAUUUGUAUAGUUAAUACAUUAGUAUGACUUAAAUCUUUUUAAUUGAAUAAGUAGUAAACAUUUUAUGGUACUUACUUUUUCUUUUUUUUUUAACCAAUAGCAGUAGUGAACUAUGUUCACAUUGCUAUCCUAAUGGUACUUACCUACCCUGUUUUUAUGACACUGACUCUAUAUGUAGCUUAUGAUAUUAUAUGAUAUAUUUUAAACUUCAUAAAUUAUAAACCUUUUAUAGAUAAAAUUAAAAACAAAAUAAUUUUUACUUUCUUGUUUUUUAGAAGAAUAUUUUGCUCAUUCCAAAAUUAUUACUCUAUUUAUGUUUAUUGUCUGUAUUAUAUCAAUUAUUAAUCUAUUAAUAUAAUAUAAUUAUAGUUACUGAUAUGGAUGGAGAAGAUCUUUUAAGUCAUUUUGACAGUGCAUAUGAGUUCAUAAAAAAUGGUCAAGAAAAUAGUUCUGUCCUUGUGCAUUGGUAAUAUAAUUUCUUUAAUCUAUAAUUAUAUUUUAGAAAUUAUCUAAAAUUUGUCUUUUACAUAAAAGUAUUUAUGAGUAAUAAUAGGUAUAUUGUAGUUUAAGAAUGUAUAAUAAAAAAACGGUAUGAUCUAAAGUUAAAUUUACAAUCAAAUGAUAUAAUUUACAAGCAAAUUUUCAAAUAACGUACAAUUAUUCACCAAUUUAAUUAUAAAUUUGCUUACCUUUACACAUCAAAUAAUUUAUUUAAAUCUAAUUAUAAGGUAUCAAAUAUUUAUUUGUUUUAAUGAUUGAUAUGAAUCCCACUAUUCCUAUUAAAGCUGACAUUCUAGAAGUAAUUUCAUCAUGAAGGAUGUUGCUAUAUAAAUAUUAUUUUGUAAAAUUAAUUUUAAAAACAUGCAAUACAUAUGUAUAUAUAUAUAUAUAUACAUGAAUAUAUGGCAUUUCAAAGAAUAAGUUGAAUUAUAAAAUGUAAAAAUAUAGUAUGUAAAAAGUCACACAAUUAUCAAGUUUCUGAGAUCAUCAUUUAUAGGUAGAUCACACCGUUGUCUGAUACCAUAAUAUUUUGUUUAAUAUUACUAUGCACUUUUAGCUAUUUUGGAAUAUCAAGAAGUACAUCUAUAAUUACAGCUUAUAUUAUGAAAAAAUAUCAAAUAAGUUUUGAUGAUGCUUUUCAAAGGUAUGAUGAUAAAUAAUGAUAUUAUAAAAUAAAAUAGGUAGGCAUAAUAUGGAAUAUAUGUAUAUAAUAUAACAAUGGUAUAUAAUUUAAUAUUCAAGAGAAGAUUUUAAUUAAAAAUUAUUUUCAGUUAUUUGUAUCACACAUUUUUGGAUGAUUUUACAAAUGUAUUCAAAUGAUUGGAAUUUCUAUUUUAGUAUUUCAUAUACUGUAUCUUUAAGUUUUUGGUUAUCUAAGGCAAUCCAUACCUUUUAGUUCACUGAUAUUUGAAAAUAUAAUAUUUUUCUGAAAAUUUUGAUGUGCAUUAUUCUUAUAGCAGCGAGGUAGGAGGAAUGUAUAAGGUAAUUUUUAAAUGUAACUAUUAAAUCGAUUAUAAAACUGAUUCAUAUUGUUUACUUGGUGAAAAAAAAAUUAACAAUAAUGUAUGUUUAUUAUUAUGUAUGGAAUACUUAUGAUAAAAAUAAAAAUACUUGCUAAAUAUUACCCAACAUGUUUGGAAAUAGGAAAUUGAACUUGAAUCCUACUAUAAACUAAUUUAAAAAGGCAAUUUUUUGAUUUUACAUGAAAUUUUUUUGAGGUUGUUAAAUAUGUAGAAUUUCUUUAAAAAAAAUCUUAUAGUAACUAUAUCUCUAAAAUCUAACAUCCUAUGAUUAGCCAGUUUUUGGGCUUUAAUUUUAAAAUAUGAUACACUUUAUAUUGUUUAAAAAAUGUAUUAUCUAUUUGUUAAUUUUAAAAUUAUUUUUAUUUCAAGAGUAAAAAAUAAAAAUUCAGCUGCAUUGCCAAAUGUUGGUUUCCAAGCACAACUUAUUUUGUAUCAAAUUCUUGGAUGGAAAAUUGACAAAAAUAAUAUGCAAUUCAAAUUGUUCAGACUGAAAAUAGCUGCUAGAAAAGUUAAAAAAGGUUUAUAAUAAUUAUUUUACUUUAUGCUAUUACAAAAUAGGUAAAAAUAUGUUUUUAACAGAGUAAACCCUAUUACUAACGUUUACUUAUUUUAUUAUACAGAGUGAUUCACUCGACUGGAAACACUCAUUAUCUCGGAAAGUAUUAACUUUUUUUGGAAAUUUUUUUUUUAAAACUUAAGAAACAAAAAAGAUGGAUGUACUUCACACGUGUAUGGGUCAGUGUUUUAGGUGAAAAGUUUGGAAGUUAGAGGGGGAAUUUAAGAUAUAUUUGUAUGCAAUGAUUAACCAUUGCUAACAAAAACAGAUUCUAAGCAGAGAUCAAUUAAUAGUGUUGCUUUGUCAACAAUUUAUAUGUCAUUAUGGUAAAAUAAUUACGUAUGCAUUAAAUAUUUUCUUUAAUAAUAUUUGUUUAACAUUGUACCUAUUUUUCCAGUUUUCUCAUUUAUAUUGGAAUAAUCAAUAAAUUGUCUCCCUAAAGAACACCCAAAUCAGAUUUCCAUUAAGAAAAAGUGCUAAACUUGUAAUUCGGACCAAGAUUUCUGGUAAAAAAGUUCUUCAGAUAAAAAAAAACCAUUAUUGUAAAACCGAUACAUUUAAUGCUUCAUUUAGAAUCUAAUAGUUUGGAAGUAUUAAAUUGUCACUUUUUUUGUCACCCUUAUUUUUGGUGCUGAAAACAGUCGUUUUAUCGUUUUAACUAUCUACUUUUGAUUUUUGAAUGGCAAGUAACAAUCUAUAUUGUGAAUUCUUUUAAUAGAUAGAAUAUUAGUUAAAUACAUUUUGUAAGGCGACACGGCGUGUGGCCGAAUAAUAAUAAAUAAUAAUGUACCACUAUUAAACUGUCCCCUGACCCAAACUUAAAAGUGGAAUAUCUUGUUAAUAGAUUGAUAGAAAAUUUGAUAUGAAAAGUUUCUUAAUCAAAAUUUAUUUAAACUAAUAUCCAUAUAUUUUUGGAAUUUUUAAUAUAGUUUGCCAUUUUAAAAUCAAAAAUACCUAGGUAAACUAGUUUACCACCAAAUUAAGGGUAAUAAAAAAUAACAUAAAUGUAAAAUUGUAGAGCUGCUUGUUUCUUAAAUGCUACGGAAGUGUAGUAGUGCCAACUAAUAAAAAAAAAAUUGUAAUUUCAACAUUUUUAUAAGCAGAUUUAUUUUGUCAUGGUUCUUGAUUCUUCAGCAUACUUUGUCCGUCAAGCACACGCUUUGUCUCCACAUUUUUGAAGUCUUCUAAUUAUACUAUUCUCUGACUCUGUGUAGUCUGUAACAGCCAACAGGCAAGUGGUUACAGCAGAAUGCGCUUAAAUAAAUUGAUAGAAAAUUAUUUUCACAUGAGUUUUAGUUACAAUGAAAUAAUAACACAUUUGUCAAGCAAUGGGAUAGAUAUGUCUUUGAACACUUAAACGAAACAACUUGGUUUGUAUAAACGCAUCAAUUAUAUGCCUAUUAAUAUAGUGAGAGAGUAUUUAGAAAAUUGUAUUCUAGAUACUCAAUUCUGGAUGGAUGUAUUUUGUGAAUUAAACAAUAAUGGACUAUUUAGUUUUAGAAUGAUGUUUAUUAUUUUUUUUUUUUAGUAAACUUGUUCAAAAGUAUAGACUAUAGUACCUUUUCUGAAAGCUCUAGGUUUUUAGUUGGUAUUUAAAAGAUUAUUUGAAAUAUUAGCAUUUAAGUGGCAAAAAACAGAAAAAAACGAACACUUUCAUUAUUUUAAAUAAACACAAAUGAAUAACUUUUUCUUCCAUAAAUAAUGUUCAAACAGAAAAAUGACAAGAGACCUUAUUUGUUUCAUUUUGGAUCUAGUUUUUUAUGGUAUCAUUCUCAUAAUAAACUAACAAAAAAUUACAAUAAGGUCAACAAUAAAAGUCAAAACAUGGAAAAUAAUAGUCAAUAUUUUGAAAUUACAAUUUUUUUUUUUUUUCUUAACAUUACUAUGCUUUUGUAAAAUGUUCUAUAAAUAAAUUUUAAAAAAUAUUAAUACUUUCAGAGAUAAUAAGCUUUUCUAGUUGAGUUAAUCACCCUGUAUACAUUAAAUAUAUUUUUUAUAUUAUUAUUUUUUACAUUAAUAUACUCUUACACUAAUAUAAGCGAUACUUAUUUUUAUUUCAACUGACACCAACUAUAAACUACAUAAAAAUGAAUUUAUAAAAUAUACUAAUGCAUAUUAAGAUCAAUUCAUCCCCGUUCCUUGAGCUAUGAAGUUUACAAAUUCAGAUUCCCCUUCCAACUUCCCAUUCAAAUUUUAUAAUAUAUGAUCUUUGUGCAAAUAGAGAGGUUAUUUCCUCAAAUCAAAUCAAGUAAAUACUAAGUAUGCAUAAUCUUAAGCCUUUCCACCAGUAAAAAUAGUUGAGCUGCUUUCACAUAUUAUGUUAGUUUGAACAUCUUAAGCCAUUAAUUAUAUUUUUUAUUAAUUCCUAUAAAACUAAUAUAGCAAAAUCACUAUCUCCUAAUUUUUUAUUGUAGUUAAAAUUUUGCCACAAGACUGCAUUGAUGUAAUUAAGGGAGAUCCAUCUUUAGUAUCAGCUAGACCAGAUCCAAAAGUUUACAGGUGUCGUAAAUGCAGGUAUAAUAGAUUAAAAUAUUUUUGCACACAAAUUUUAAUUAUGUGUAUAUAUUUUUAGAAGAAUUGUUGCAUUACAAUCAAAUUUAUUACCACAUUAUUCCAAUGAAAAUUUAUCAUGGAAGGAUUCAAAAUGGUCUUCAGACUAUUCGGGAUCUCAAUUGUGUUCAGACACAAUCUUUGUUGAACCAAUGUCUUGGAUGUCAGUAAGUCAGUCGGAAAGUGGAAAAAUUAACUGUCCAAAAUGUCGGUCUAAGCUUGGCUCAUAUAGUUGGACUAUGGGAUGUCAAUGCCAAUGUGGUGCAAAAAUAUCUCCAGCAUUUUAUUUUGUACCAUCUAAAAUAGAUUACAGUGGAUUUUUACAAAAUGUUCAGGCUACAGUAUAA